UUUUAAAAUGUUAUUUUAAAUAUUUUAACAUUUUAUUGAAACUUUUUGAAUAUUAAAAUUUCAAAAAACACGUCAUUUCAAAUAACUUUUUAUAAAAUUUUUUUGGAAAGAUAAUUUUUAAAAAGAAUUAUGAUUUCGACUAUGUUUUGAUCUAAUGUAUAUUUAUUUUGUAGAAUGUCAAAAUUAGUCUUUCGAUUUCGAAAAAACAAAUUAAUUUUUUUUUUAAUAUUUGUAAUAAACAUUUUCUUAAAGUCAUUUUUUAAAAAAAAAAAUCUUUUUUUUUUUAAUUAAAACAAACAGACCCAAAAGUUUCUAACACUCAUCUCAUUCAUAUUUAAAUCCACCUAACAUUUCUUUUUUUUUCUCAUUCAUACAUAUUCUCUUUGUACCAAACAACACUUAUUGAUUAAUUUCUUAAAAAAAAAAAUUUGAACUGGCUCUAAGUCAUGGGAAUCUUGUCCAUAAGUCAUUCCUCAAGUUUUCUCCCUAAACUCAUUAAAAUGCCUGCAAACAAUGAUUGGAGAAAAACAACAACAACAACAACAAAUGUUGUUGUUUUCUGUCACCAAGGUGGUGGAAAUGUGAUCAAAUCUUCUAAUUUGUCUUCUGUUAAAACAUUAAUCGAUGCUGGAAGUUUGGCUUUGUCACAAAAUGCAGAUAUUGUGGCUAAGGAUAUGGUUCCUUAUGGUGGUGGACCAACUUCAACUCCUUUAAUUGGACUUGAUGAAGGAAUUGGCAUUGUUAAGUUUCUUAGAGGGAAGAAGUUUUUUGUUACUGGUGCAACUGGUUUUCUAGCAAAGGUUCUUAUUGAGAAGAUUCUAAGGACAGAACCUGAUGUGGGAAAAAUGUAUCUCUUGAUCAAGGCAAAGAAUAAGGAAGCUGCAAUGGAGAGAUUACAGAAAGAAAUCAUAGACACAGAACUUUUCAGAUGCCUUAAACAAAUCCAUGGAAAAUCAUACCAAUCCUUUAUGUUGAGCAAGCUGGUUCCUGUUGUAGGAGAUAUUUGUGAAACUAAUCUUGGACUUGAUGAUGAUUUAUCUCAUGUUAUUGCUGAUGAAGUUGAUGUUAUUGUCAAUUCUGCAGCUAAUACUACUUUUGAUGAAAGAUAUGAUACUGCUAUCAACAUAAACACUCGAGGGCCGUGUCGCCUUAUGGCGAUCGCGAAAAAAUGCAAGAAGCUUAAGCUCUUUCUUCAUGUUUCAACAGCUUAUGUGAAUGGACUAAGGCAAGGUAGAAUAAUGGAAAGACCAUUUAGCAUUGGUGAUUGCAUUGCAAGAGAGAAACAUAUAUCUGGUGUUCCACCAAAUUACCUUCCUACAUUGGACAUUGAAAAUGAAAUAAAUCUUGUUUUAAAGAACAAAGGUAACAUUGAAGACAAUGAACUAGCUCAAAAGAUGAGGGAGAUGGGUCUAGAGAGAGCUAGAAGGUUUGGAUGGCAAGAUACUUAUGUGUUUACAAAGGCGAUGGGAGAAAUGAUGAUCGACAAACUGAGGGAUGAUAUUCCGGUCGUUGUAAUUAGACCAAGUGUUAUUGAGAGCACUUUGAGUGAACCAUUUCCUGGGUGGAUGGAAGGAAAUAGGAUGAUGGAUCCAAUAGUUCUUUGCUAUGGUAAAGGACAGUUAACAGGUUUCUUGGUUGAUCCUAAUGGAGUCCUUGAUAUGGUUCCAGCUGACAUGGUUGUUAAUUCAACCUUAGCAGCAAUGGCAAAACAUGGAACGACACGAAAAAGAGAUAUCAAUGUGUACCAAAUUGCUUCAUCUGUGGUUAACCCUUUUGUCUUUCAAGACCUUACAAGGUUUCUCUAUGAGUAUUACACCACAUCACCAUGCAUUGACUCAAAGGGUAACUCAAUUCAAGUUACACCUAUGAAGUGUUUUAGCUCCUCAGAAGAAUUCUCUGGUCAUUUAAGUGGUUACCUAAGUGGCCUUACAGCUAUGGCUUCCUCCAAGGGAAAGAUGUCUCAAAAACUUGAAAACAUUUAUAGAAAAUCAGUUGAGCAAAUAAAGCACUUGGCUAAAAUUUAUGAACCAUAUGCAUUUUAUGGUGGAAGGUUUGACAAUAGUAAUACACAAAGAUUGAUGGAAAUCAUGUCUGAAGAAGAAAAGAGAGAGUUUGGCUUUAAUAUAAAGGGCAUAGAUUGGAAAGAUUAUAUCACAAAUAUUCAUGUACCAGGUUUAAGGAGAUAUGUCUUGAAGGGGAGAGGAAUGAGAAAUCAGUGACUCAUAUCUUGUGUGACAUGCAUGUAAUCAUUAGUUAGUAGUCUUGUGCUUCAAGAAAAUGUAAUGGAUUAUAUAUACUUGUUUAUUUCCUUGAACCCUUUAGAGUGUGGUAACAACUACUACUAUAGUGUAUCCUUUAUUAUCCAUAUUGUAAUUUCAUAAUGAUGAUAAUAAUGAUAAUCAAAUUUCUGUAGUA